AUGAGGCUCCAGCUGGAGAAGCAGCUUCUCCUCUUCUCCCUGCUCUGCACCCUUUCCAAGGUGUGUGCCCAGCUGUGCCAGCGACCCUGCUACUGCCCCUGGGAACCCUCCCGCUGCCCCCACGGCUCCCCGCUCGUCCUGGAUGGCUGUGGCUGCUGCAAGGUCUGCGCACGGCGCCUGGGCGAGCCCUGCGACUUCCUCGCCGUGUGCGACCAGAGCCAGGGCCUCGUCUGCGACUACAGUGCAGUGCGCGCAGGCACGGCGGGCACCUGCAACUUCGAGGGUGACGAGGAGAGCUGCGAAGUGAACGGCCGCGUCUAUCGAGACGGGGAGGUUUUCCAGCCCAGCUGCAAGCUGCAGUGCCGCUGCUCCGACGGAGGCGUCACCUGCGUCCCACUGUGCCAGGAGGACGUCCGCCUGCCCACGCCGGACUGCCCCUUCCCACGGCAUGUGGACGUCCUGGGGAAGUGCUGCCAGGAGUGGAUCUGCGAGAGCCGGGAGCUGCCCCCGUCCGCAGCGGCAGCGCCCAGGAUCCCGGGGCUCCCCUACCCCUGCAAGGAGUGGAGCACAGAGUGGAGCGCCUGCUCGGUCACCUGUGGCCUGGGCUUCUCCAGCCGUGUGUCCAACCAGAACCGCCACUGCCGCCUGGAGACGCAGAGACGGCUCUGCAUGGUCAGGCCCUGCCAGGCUCUGCCGCGUGCAUCCCUGGCGAGGGGAAGAGGCGGUCUCAUGUAGUAAUGC